AUGGAUUUUAAAAUUAAUAAUUUAAAAAAUGAUGCCAAGGAAUGUAUCCUAUGUAUUGAUGAAAUGUCUAUAAAAACACAUUUAUAUUAUAAUCUAUCACAAGAUUGUAUUAUUGGAUUUAACAACUCUUAUGAUAAAAAAACUUACGAACCAGCAAAACAUGUAUUGUGUUUCAUGUUAAGAAGUUUAAAUUAUGAUUGGAAACAACCAGUGGCAUACUUUUUUAUUAAUAACAGUUGCUCUGGAAUUACUCUUCAAAAUAAAAUUUUUGCUGUGAUUUCUCGGAUCCAAAGCACAUCACUCAUCAUCAAAGUUGUAACUACUGAUCAGGGAUCUAAUUUUGUUAGUUUUGCAAGUAAAAUGCAUGUAUCAAAAGAACGUCCUUAUUUUUAUGUUAACGGUCAAAAAAUAUUUUAUAUUUUUGAUCCACCACAUUUACUUAAGUCCACAAGAAACAAUUUUUUUAAGUACCAAUUAUCAUUUUUAAAUGGCUUGACAGAUAAAACAUAUCUUGAACAGUUUUAUAAAUUAGAUCAAGGACUGAAUCGCCUUGCUCCUAAGCUAACCGACUCACAUAUUUACCCGGGACCAUUUCAAAAAAAUGAAAGUUUCAUAUGCUAG